AUGUCUCAUUGGGCUAUGUUAAAGCAGGUCUUUCGGUAUGUUAAGGGCACCAUACACUUUGGCUUAUCUCUACGCAAGUCUCCUUCAGAUGCUUUGCAUGCUUUCAGUGACUCUGAUUGGGCUGGAUCUCCUGAGGAUCGCAAGUCCAUUAGUGGUUAUGCGGUUUAUCUCGGCUGCAAAUUUUCAUCUUCCACUAAAUACCAGUACGCGCUUCAGGGCGAAAAUCUUUACAUUCGUUAUGGAAAAACAACAGUCCAUGCUCCUCCACCUCCUCCUCCGGCUGCUUUGACAAGGAAUAUGUCACACCACAUGAUGAGAACCACAACUACUAUAGUAGCUCUUACAGUAAUACUCCCUGUCAUCGCCCUCGCCCUGAUUUUCCUAGUUUGCUAUUCAAGAAAAAGUUGCACCUGCUGCUUCAUAGCUGUAAGUGUUUACACAGCCCCAAUUGUGCAAUCCACGCAACAACUUGCUGGUCACGACGAGGACUUACCUUUCUUCGAUUUCAAAUGCAUAGAAAUGGCCACAAAUUAUUUUUCUGAAGAAAAUAAACUUGGUCAAGGAGGAUUUGGUCCUGUAUACAAGGGAAUAUUACCCAAUGGUCAAGAAAUCGCAGCAAAGCGGCUCUCAAAAAUGUCCGGACACGGAGUUGAACAAUUCAAAAAUGAAGUUCUAUUGAUCUCCAAAUUGCAGCAUAGGAAUCUUGUUAGACUUCUGGGUUGUUGUACUCAAGGAGAUGAGAGGAUAUUAUUAUAUGAGUACCUUCCAAAUAAAAGUUUGGAUUCAAUUCUUUUUGAUGCAAGAAAGAAAGUUUGUCUUGAUUGGGGAAAGCGUGCCUCCAUAAUUGAUGGGAUUGCUCAAGGGCUUUUGUACCUCCACAAAUAUUCAAGACUAAAGAUUAUACAUAGAGAUUUGAAAACAAGUAACAUAUUGCUAGAUGUUCACAUGCAUCCCAAGAUUUCUGAUUUUGGAACUGCCAGAAUAUUUAAAGAUAGUGAUUCUCGAGCAAGCACAAAAAGCAUCAUUGGGACCUAUGGUUACAUGUCUCCGGAAUAUGCCAUGGAUGGUUGUUUCUCGGAGAAAUCGGAUGUUUUUAGCUUUGGAGUCAUGGUAAUGGAGAUUGUAAGUGGAAAGAGAAACAAUGGCUUCUACAAUCCAGAUCGUGUUUCAAAUUUACUUGGUUAUGCUUGGGGUUUAUGGAUAGAAGGAAAAGUUUCAGAUCUAAUAGAUUCAACAAUGGACAAAAUGAUUUCAAUUAUUGAAGCAACGAGAUAUAUCCAAGUAGGUUUGCUAUGCGUUCAAGAUAGUGCGACGGAUAGACCAACUAUGACAGAUGUGGUAUCCAUGCUUGGUAAUGAAUCAACAAUCUUACCUAUUCCUAAGCAACCUGGUUUCUCAGCCAUUAUUGGCUUAAAAUGUGAUGAUGUUGCUAAUAAUGCAAAAUCUUACUCUAUUAAUGAGGUCACAAUUACAGAGAUCGAAGGUCGAUAG